AUGAGGUGGAAUGCGUCCGAUUUUUGGCGUUUCUGGGCGUCAGAAGCCGGGCGGAGGACAGCCGGAACUCUAGUCGGGGUUGCCUCGGUGUCGGGUGCGCUCCUUCACAUCAUUCCUCACGGUCCAUUGUACGAGGAGUAUGCGAGCAUUUUUCAAGCCUACUAUGAAGGAUUCCCGGUUUCCUUACGUCCAGAAGUUAGAGAACUGGCCGAAAAAGUUCGAGAUGAAGUGGCCGCGAGUACUAGCGAUAACAAUGUUAAAUUCUACGUCAAUUGCGGCUUUGAUCCAGUUACAAUCGGCUCCACGAAGACAAGAUUCGGAGCCACUGUUGGACUUCCUUACAACAUCAACUACGUCUCCACUGAAGAUAUCAACCGUGUGGAAUUGAAUUUGAACGAGAAAUUGUUCCCUUCGUCGUCAGCUGAGGGGAAGAAAGUUCUAGAGACGCUGAUACUCUCGAAGGAUGCGCAGAAGUUUUUGAUCGCUCGGGAGCUAGAGAUCGCGCAUUCUUACCGCGUCUGGAUCUCUGCAUUCAGCACCGCAGGAAUCAUAUUCCUCGUCUAUCUCUGGUCUCACAAGUUCAACAAGCAUUUGAAUUUGUUCUCGAGAUCCUGGAAAUGGCGAGCAACUUUGUAUACUAUUCUAACCGCCAUUGCGCUGACAAUUCGAAUGCUCCUCGGUGAUUCUUACAGGAAUCGUUUAGAAAUGAAGGCGGACAAGUUCGCUUCGGAAUUAGGUCCGGAUUUCGCUGCUGGAGGAAAGGAAUAUUUAACGAAGUGUCUGGAGAGGAAUAAAAUGCUUCGGGAGUUGUUGGGAGACGAUGGAGUGAAAAAGUACACGCCGACUGGAAACGAAGUGGCCUUGGUGCGACAGCAACAACCUCCUUUGACUCAUCGCCUGGAUGUGAUGCAGAAGAUUGUUGAGAAAUGGCAGGAGAAGAACGCAGUUGUUUCGUCGAAAGAAGCGAAUGUACCAUGAUUUUCAAUGAAAGAGUUGAAAUUAGUUGAAUUGGUGGUUAUUUGAUUCGAAAUGAAUUCACAUGUUUAUUUGAUAA